GGAACUAUAUCCAUACCAACUGUAUCACUCAGUGAAAUGUUGACUAUUCAGGCAGUAAUUUUGUUAGUCUUACCAUUUUGUUUCGCGGCUCCAUCGGAGAUAACAUUCAGAAAUGUAACCUUCAAAGGAUAUAGUGUAUUUAUAGAGAAAUUCAAGAAAACCAUUCCGUUGUCUAACAGCUUGAAGGAUUUUCUUCCGAAAGUGCAUUAUGAUGAUAUUGAAUUCAAAAACCAAAAUAUUCCAAUAUUGUACGAAAACUCUUUGGCAGAUUUAGAUGAAUUGGAUGAACUUGUUAUCGAAAAUUGUGCAGUUCACGAAAUUAGACCUGGAGUUUUGAAGAACGUACCUCUUCUCAGGAGAUUAUCUUUGAAAGGUAACAGUUUAGAAAAAAUUGAAACAGGAGUAUUCAACAACUUGCCGUUUUCUACUUUGGAUCUUGGUCUGAAUUCUAUAAGAAGUAUCUCUGCUAAUGCUUUCAAUGAUAUGCCAAAUUUAUUGAAUAUCAAUUUAGCUGAUAACAAAAUAACUCGUUGGAACCCUAAUUGGUUUCAAAAUACUCCACUUCUCACGAGGAUUUCACUACAAAAUAAUGCCAUCGAAACCUUACCAAGUCACGCCUUUGUCAAUCUGGAAGGUGAAAAAAUAUAUGGAAAAUUAGAUCUGAGAAUCAAUUUGAUUUUCAGCCACAACAAAAUCAAGACUAUCCAUUCAGAGGCGUUUGCGGGAUUGAAGAAAAUCAAUAAUUUAUGGCUAGAUUUCAAUCAGAUUGAACAAUUUGAAGAUGAUUUACUAGAAAAUGUUGUUAUCGAUGAUUUACGGCUCAACAACAAUAAUAUAAGUUGUUUCGAAGGGGACUUCGACAAACUCUUUAGAGCAGAUACGACACAUAUUGAUUCCAACCCUAUGGAAUGUGAGUGUUUGCAGAGAAUUGAAGAGUGGUCAAAAAAAAGUGGAAAAAGAGUUGAACAUUUUUAUGCUGAUUUGGAAUGCAGAGCGCAAAGAAUCAAAUCCAAAAUGACAGCUCUAGAAAAACGUCUCAAGGAGGUCAAAAUACAAGACAAAGAAACCGACACAAAUAUGAUAUAUUAAUAUACAUAAAUAAUGUAUAUAUUAUCAUGGGUCAUAUCUAUAUUAUUAUGGUUUGAAAAAAUGAACAUCUUUGGACUAUU